CCUGCCCCUGCCCCCAACGACCUAUGUACAUCCAAGCUUUAAGAUGCUACUGCCAUGGUUUCUACAAAAUGAAAGAAUCAAAGGUGCUGAUAGGCACAUCACGGUACGAUAUUUACUCUCUGAUUCUCCAGCUUCACGUCACCCAACAAGGUUAGGGUUCUCCUUCAAACAUAAACGGAAAGGAAAAAGCUUGUAGAGUAAAUGUCAACUCAAGUACAAUGCUGGCACUUACCAUUGGCACUACUAUUCGGUCAUGACCCAUCUGCAUCAAAAAAGAAUAAGACAGGAGACCAAUGCUCUGAGUCGCG